AUGGGCAUCGUCAGGCUGGCCUGCGCUGGCACUGUGAUCAGCAACAUGUACGGCUUGACCGUGGCCUUGCUGGUGGUGGGCCUGGAUUUAACGUUCAUUGGUGUGUCCUAUGCAAAGAUCAUUGUGACCGUGCUGAGGCUGCCAUCUCGGGAAGCCCAGGCCAAGGCCUUCAACACCUGUGGCUCCCAUAUCUGUGUGAUUGUCUUGGCCUACACACCUGCCCUCUUCUCCUUCCUCACACACCGCUUUGGCCACAAUGUGGCCCCCUACAUUCAUAUCCUCAUCGGCAACUUCUAUAUUCUGGUGCCUCCCUUCUGCAAUCCCAUCGUCUAUGGUGUGAAGACCAAGCUGAUCCGUGACAAGGUGGUCGGCUUACUCCUGAGGAGAAAAGAUGUCUCCUAA